AUGAUUUCUUUUGCUGAAAUAAGAGAUUUAUUAGCCAGAGAGAAAGUAUCACUUUUAUUGAUUUCCUUAGCCCAAAACCUUCAAUACGCUGAAUCCAUACUACAAAUACGAUGCCUCCAGUCCUUGCAAGAGAGAUAUUCUAGUCUUAUGGGUUACAAAAGUAAACAUUAAACAUUAUUUUUAGCUAUCAUCUAAUCUCAAUCAUUCCAUUAAAACCUUAGAACUGGCUGUCCUUAUUAUCGAUACAUACUUAAAUUAUUUUAAUAUCUCUGAAGAUUACCUUCAAUUGUUGGGUAUAUCGGCAUAUUCAAUUGCCUAUAAAGUACGUAUAAUUCUUCUAGCCCUUAGUUUAACGAGACAGAGUUCAUGCCUUUGGAUUAAUUUUAGCCCAAAGAUUACUAGAAUGGCAAGGUUAGCAAGCCUUUGUACAGGGAUGAGGACUACAAUGAAAUGGAAGUGCAGAUCCUUAAAGCCAUGGGUUAUUAGUUAAAUCUUAUAACUUUGUCUGACUUUUUGAUUGCCCUGAAUGUUAAGAUGGAUGAAUAAGUCUAUUGUCUGAUACAGUUCAUUCUUAUGGGUAUGAUCACUUAAUAUAUAUAAAUAGACUUCGAAAUUUAUCGAUAUUCCCACUUCGAAUUGGCUUUGGCAAUCAUGCAUUACCAGAAUGACACAAGACUGACUUUUUAAGAGAAAAUUCUCACUGUAUCUUAAAUGCUUCACAAUAAAAUAAUUCAAGCUUAAGAAAUCGAAUGUGAAAAAUCAGAGCAGGAGGAAACCAAAUCUCUUGAAAGAAGUCUCACUAUUCAUAAAAAGAUUUCCAAAAAAAGAGAAUCUUAAAGAAAAAGAUAAAUACAACAACAGAAAUGA